AUGCGACUGUGGAAGCACAGCUUCGCGGGCAAGACUCUGGUCUUCGCCGUCACGGCUGCAUCAUGCCAGGCCUUUUUGCUGCUGGGUUAUGAUCAAGGUGUCAUGGGCGGUAUCAUCGGCGCCAACAAUGAAUUCGGCCAGGAUUUCAAUCAUCCUGAUGCGGACAUGCAGGGGAACAUCACGGCUUUAUAUGAUAUCGGAUGCGUCGUCGGCAGUAUCAUAACGUACUUUGUUGGCGAACGUCUCGGUCGGCGCACGCUCCUUAUCCUCGGCGGCAGCAUCAUGAUCAUCGGCAACGCCAUUCUUGGGCCGUCAUACACCGUCGGCCAACUCAUUGUCGGUCGCAUCGUGACGGGUAUUGGCAACGGCAUGAACAGUUCCACUGCGCCGGUCUACCUUUCCGAAUGUUCCCCGGCCUCCCACCGAGGUGUUCUGAACACGUUCCAAGGCACCGUCACCAUCCUGGGCGUUGUCAUAGCAUACUGGCCGGACUAUGGUCUCAGCUUCUCGUCUUCAAGCAUCCAGUGGCGCUUUCCCCUGGCGUUCCAAGCGGUUUUCGCCAUUUUGCUUGUCUUGCAAGUGAUCGGUCUUCCUGAGACACCGCGCUGGCUCGUCCAGCGUGACCGCUUGGAGGAUGCGAAGACAACCGUCACCGCGCUGCUGGGCACGAGCGAGGACGAUCCGAAAGUCACGGGGACACUGCUUGACAUACGAAGCGUGGUCGAGAAAGAGCACAAGGGCGGCCCGUUCAAGUUCAAGGAGCUGUUCAGUAUCCAUGGGACCCAGAACUUCAGACGCUUGAUGCUUACGAUCUCGGUUCAAUUUGGACAACAGCUGAGUGGCAGCAAGUUGAUUGUCAGGCCUCUGAGUACUUCUACAUCUUCUUUGUGCAAUAUGUUGAACUAUUACGCCCCAGUCAUCUAUCAGGACCAGAUGUCGCUGUCGCGUGAGCUGUCGCCGAUUCUGGGUGGAUGUACAGAGGUGACCUACCUCGUCGGGUCGGUACUGCCGCUUUUCGUAAUCGACAAGUUCGGGCGUCGGUUGCUGCUCAUGUUCUCUCCGGCUGGGCUCUGUCUGUGCUUCGUCAUGGUGUCGAUAUUGUUGUCGAUCGGCUCGAGAGGAACGGCGUAUGGAGCGACGGCGUUCAUCUUCCUCUUCCAGCUCUUUUACCCUUGUACGAGUACUGGUUUACUAACGCUCGUGCAGAUGGCUUCCGGUGCCUCGACUAGGUAUCGAGCGAAGGUGCAAGCUAUUUCGAGCGCGUGGAACUGGAUGUUCGUCUUUGUGGUGGUCAAGGUCACGCCUAUUGCGAUGCAGAAUAUCGGAUGGCGGACGUUUGUCAUUUUCGCCAUUCAGAACUUCCUCUUCAUUCCAAUGGUGUAUUGCUUCUAUCCUGAAACGAAGGGAUUAGAACUUGAAGACAUUCCGCUGCUCUUCCACAAGGGCGGCAUCACGGGAGGAGUCUUUACUAGCAGAGGGAAGACGGUGGUUCCCCACCAGCAUGCUCAACAGCAACAGAUUGGCAGGGACGAGAAGACGGACAACGAAGUACGGGAGGUGGAAGAUAGAGCAUGA